GAUAAAGUUAGGUUUUAUUAGCGAAACAUGGUUGAAAAGGUGGUCAAGCAGUGGCAGCUGCUGCUGUACAUCGCACGGUUACGAUUCCCGCGAUAUCCAUCGUACUAUUUCCCCGUGUUCGUGGUGCUUCAGGGUGUUAAAAAACUGCGCUACGAUCUGAAGCUACGGUCAUUGGAUUUCUACCUUCAGCCGAUACCGAACUUGCUGUUCGAGCAGCUCCAAUCGGAGCAAAUGGUCAACUCGGAGCAUACCCUCUUCGUUUCCCCCACCGUCUUCCGGGAGUAUGUUGUGGAGCGCGAGAUUAACUGGAUCAACCUGGUGCUGAAAGUGUCCAAAGUGCCGCCGACGGAAGGCGCCGGUCAGAAAAGUCUAGUCUCGUUCAUCCUGAACAAACAGAACGUUAGCGUACUGUUCCAGGUGUGCUCCCAUCCGCAGGUUCCCUACAAUGCCCUGUGGGUGAAGGAAAAUCUGGUGGAAAACCUGAAGGAACGGUUCACGCUCGAGGGACAACGCUACUGGGGUCGCCUACAGCGGGUGACCGACGGGCAACAUUUACCGGAGAUUGUCGCCAAAGCGAGCAUUUUCAUCUACCAGACCCCGUACGACCUGAGCACCGACAUGGUCGAUUUCAUCCUUGCGCGUUACUUUGAAACACCACGCCUGCUGUACCGCAACCACACGUACCAGGUGCCGCUGACGGAGCGUUUCCUGGGCAACACUUUCUUCACGAAAAAUUUCGCCAUCCUAGCGCACAUGAGAGCACUGUGGUUUAAGUGCCUUAAUCUGGACUCGGCCGGCGGCGCGUUCGAGAUGAGCGGCAUCGCACACAAAAGCCUCACCACGUUGCAGCAAACGACGACGUACAACAACUUCCUGCUACCGGAGCGUUUCGAUGGCAUUCACCGACGGCCCAGCUGUCCCUUUGGGUUGCAAAAGUACUUCGAUUCACUGCACUCCUCGCUGAAGGCGUACGUGAAAAUGGAGGGCAAUGGGUUGGUGCGGAACGGCAUCCAGCCCGUGUUUAUGCUUCGCGGCGAACGAGGCAUCGGGAAGCGACUGGUUUUGCAGUCCGUUGCCGGCGCGCUCGGCAUACCGGUGUACUAUGCAGACUGCAGCGAAAUCAUGACCUCCAUUAGCUCGCAGACGGAAACGAAGCUGAGCAGCGCUUUUAAUAAGUCGAAAAUUUGUGAACCCCUCAUCAUCUGCCUGGAAAACUUCGAAGUGUUCGGCGUUGACAACGAGGGCCACGAGGAUCAGCGCAUCACCGGUUCGUUCCAGGCGGAGCUGGCUAACCUUUUCGGGCGCAAAUACUCGCACCCGGUCGUUGUGGUAGCGCUCGCGAACCAGAAGGAAUCCAACACACCAAAGCUCACAUCCCUUUUCCUAGAGGUCAUCCAGUUCCAUCCACCAGCGGCCGGUGAGCGGUUGGAGGCGCUCCGGUGGAUUUCCCUGGCGCACCAACAGCAACACCGUUUACCGCUAGGGCAGUUACAAAAAGUCGCCGAACAAAGUCAAGGUUUUAAUCUGUCCGAUUUGGAACUGCUGUACGGAAAUGCACUGGAGGCGUGCCGACGUUCGAAGGACACCCAACUCCGACUGACCCACUUCGAAGCGGCGCUCGAGUCGAUGCAGGCAACCUUCUCCGACAGUCUCGGCGCUCCGAAGGUCCCCAAGGUGCUCUGGUCCGAGAUUGGGGGACUCGCGAAGCUCAAGUCGGAAAUACAAAACUCCAUCGGUUUACCGCUGCGCCACAAGCACCUGAUGGGGAAGAACAUGCGCCGCUCGGGUAUCCUUCUUUACGGGCCACCCGGCACCGGCAAAACGUUGAUCGCGAAGGCGGUCGCCACCGAGUGUAAUUUGAGCUUUCUGUCGGUGCAAGGCCCCGAGCUGCUUAACAUGUACGUCGGACAGAGCGAGCAGAACGUGCGGGAAGUGUUUACCCGCGCACGAACGGCCUCGCCGUGUGUGCUGUUCCUGGACGAGCUGGACUCGCUGGCCCCCAAUCGAGGCGUUAGUGGCGACUCGGGUGGUGUGAUGGACCGGGUCGUAUCGCAGAUGCUUAGUGAAAUGGACGGAAUUUCUAAAGAUCCCGGGCAGCAGAUAUUCAUCCUUGCCGCUACGAACCGGCCGGAUCUAAUCGAUCCGGCACUGCUGCGACCGGGACGCUUCGACAAGCUGCUGUACGUCGGACCGAGCUGUACGGUCGAGGACAAGGAGAGUGUCCUGCGGGCGGUAACGGGACGGUUCCGGCUCGAUCCGGCGCUCACGCUGAGGAAGAUCGCCGAGUGCCUGCAGCAGGACAUGACCGGUGCGGAUAUGUACUCGAUCUGUUCGAACGCCUGGUUGAGUGCAGUUCGGCGAACCGUCAAGGAAGCGAUAGCCGGUGACUCCAUCGAUGAGGGUCUCGGUGCGGAUCAGGUGAUCGUCGGCGAGGACGAUUUUAAGGAAGCGAUUAAAAAAUUUAUCCCUUCAAUCAGCCCCUCUGACAUGGCCUACUUUAAUCAGCUGAAGGGUAAUUUCAGUGUGUAGUCUACAUUUUUGCAAUUGAAAAAGGCCAGUAGAUGCAUUGCGGGAAUCGGGUAGUGUUACGAUGCUUGGUACGGAAUUGUUAAUUAGUUUUAAUCAUAAAAACCGAAAUGCUCUUGCUGCGUGUCGUGGGAAGACAAACGAUGCAUGAAUAAAGAUCACGGUUACAGGGAA